UACUUCUUCUUCGGAUGAGAGCGCGGUUUCACUCGCACCGCACCCGGCGCUCCGCCGCUCCCCGCUGCCGCUCCGCUCCGCCCCGCUCCGCUCCCCGCGGGAGGCUGCGCGGGUGCCGGUGCGGUGCGGCUCCGGUGCGGUGCCGGUGCGGAGCCGUCCCGCACCGGCCAUGGCUUAGAGCGGCCGGCCGGGGCAGAAGAGAUGAGUUUCUCCGCGGAGGACGGCGUGGGCAGCCUGUGCCACAAGGCGCUGCAGAUCAUCUCCGAGCUGUGCCUGGGCGGGCAGGUGGAGCGGGAGAAGUGCGCCGGCAUCUUCCCCCUGGAGACCGCCCGCCAGGGCAUCGGCGGCACAGACAUCUCAGUCAGUCUGUUAGCAGUAGUCGUCAGCUUCUGCGGGCUCGCUUUGCUGGUAGUCUCACUUUUUGUCUUUUGGAAGUUGUGUUGGCCCUGCUGGAGAAGCAAACCUCUCACUUCCAAUGCCAGUAAUGUCCCUCAGAGCAACUCAAGUGCUCCCACAGAGGUUUUUGAGACCAGCGAGAAAAAGGAAGUUAAAGAAAAUGGGAAACCUACAACAAAGGUACUUGAAGCUGCACUGAAAAUUAGCCACACUUCACCUGAUAUACCAGCAGAGGUCCAGAAUGCGCUGAAAGAACAUCUGAUCAGACAUGCACGCAUGCAGAGGCAGAUCACAGAGCCCACAUCAUCAUCAAGGCACAAUUCUUUCAGGAGGCACUUGCCAAGACAGAUGCAAGUGUCCAGUGUUGAUUUUAACAUGGGGACAGAUCCAAUUUUACAAAGGGGAGAGACAACAACCAGCAUUGGGAGAAUAAAACCAGAACUCUACAAACAGAAGUCUGUGGAUUCUGAUGGGCAACAAGAAGAUGUGAAAACAUGUGGAAAACUUAAUUUCACUCUCCGGUAUGAUUACGAGAAUGAACUUCUGGCUGUCACAAUUAUCAAAGCCUUAGAUCUGCCUGCUAAAGACUUCACAGGAACAUCCGACCCCUACGUUAAGAUAUAUCUGCUUCCAGAUAGGAAAAAGAAGUUUCAGACACGAGUUCACAGAAAGACAUUAAAUCCUGUCUUUGAUGAAACCUUUCAGUUUCCUGUAGCCUAUGAUCAACUCAGCAACAGGAAAUUGCAUUUCAGUGUUUAUGAUUUUGACAGAUUUUCUAGACAUGACAUGAUUGGGGAAGUAAUUCUUGAUAACCUUUUUGAAGUCUCAGAUCUCUCCAGGGAAGCCAAUGUAUGGAAAGACAUCCACUGUGCCACCACAGAAAGCAUAGAUUUGGGUGAGAUCAUGUUUUCCCUUUGUUAUUUGCCUACUGCUGGGAGAAUGACAUUAACAGUCAUCAAAUGUAGAAAUCUCAAAGCAAUGGAUAUAACUGGCUCAUCAGAUCCGUAUGUCAAAGUGUCACUAAUGUGUGAGGGUCGAAGACUGAAAAAGCGGAAAACAACCACGAAGAAGAACACACUCAAUCCAGUUUAUAACGAGGCCAUCAUCUUUGAUAUCCCUCCAGAGAAUGUGGACCAGGUCAGCCUCUCCAUUGCAGUGAUGGACUAUGAUCGAGUAGGGCACAAUGAGGUCAUUGGGGUAUGUCGGACAGGAAUUGAUGCUGAAGGGCUUGGAAGAGAUCAUUGGAAUGAAAUGUUGGCUUACCCACGCAAACCAAUAACUCACUGGCAUCCACUGGUAGAGUUACCUGGUCGAGCAACCAGUUUUGACAGCCAGGGAUCCUGUUCAUCACCAAAACCACCGCUUACACCCUAGGGAACAAGAGUGGAUUCAUCAUGUUCAAUGUACAACGCUCCUAUGUAGCUCACAUCUACAUGAACAGAAGGUUUGGCUUCUGCUGACGAACUGUAUCCAUAUUUUUGUAUUAAAACACAUUUUUCCUAUUCUGUCUUAUAUUACAGUUUAUAAUAAUUUCUUAUCUUAUGAGUGAAAUUGACUUGAGCUGAAUAUAAUCUUUCUUCAUAAAAAUUCAUUCACCUGUUUUCUCUGGCAUAUAUCCAGUGUCAUAUCCAAGUAUGGUUUUUAUAUGACCUGUAUCUUUGCAUAGACAAAGAAAUCAGAAAAAAAAAAAAAAAAUCCUUAAGCAAUUCAAAACCAUUGAAUAUCAUAAUGCUUAGUUCUUUUGAGGAUAAGCAAAUAGUCAUAUAUGGCUAUUGUAUUAAAUCUCUAAAUUGCACUAAAUCCUGUAUGAGUUCUAAACACUUCAAGCUGAAUAUUGCAUGAGAAAAAGCAAAUAAUAUCAACAAAAACCUACUGUCACUUUUUUACUGUAUGGAAAACUAGUUCGUUCAUUGUGCAGGGAAAGAGGGCUGAUCAAAAACCCACUGAAGCCAAGUUUACAGAGUAGGACCCUACUGGUUUCACUGGGUUUUAGUUCAGCCUUUAAGGAAGAGGUCACACAACUGUAUCUAUGCAGUUAUAACUUUCCAGCAAUUAGGAUGCCCACUGCACCUACAGGAAACCUGUCUGUCAUAACCACUAGGCAUGUGUGCCCAGGCAAGCAGCUGUGCUUGGCAGCUAUUUUGCUUCAGCUACCCACGGGCUGAUGAAGAGCUAGCUCAGAUGUCUGCAUGGCACUGAACUAUCACUGUGGACAGCAAAUGUGUCUACAAGAAGCUGUGUGGAGGUUGAUAUAGCUCCACAGAGAUGUAGUAGGUGUCUCAUUAUGAGGUGCAUCUAGCCCCUUCAAUAAAGCCUGUUUUCUGUGGGCAUCAUGCAGUCCUUUUCAGCCUUUAUUCAGGCCAAACCAGAGAUAAGAGAAUGCUCUGAAAUAGAAGAAUUUAUUUAAUGAAUUUUAGUAUUCAAAAACUUGAUCAAAUUUUUCAGUUUCACAAAACAUUUUUCCGAUUCUUGACUUAGUAUUUGUUUGAGAUUAUUUUGACUGAGUGCAUAGCUCAUGUAGGAUAGUUUCUGAUGCUGGUUGGAUGCCUCAAAUUAGAUGUCUAAUAUGAAUUUGAAAUAUGUUUUGUGUCAAUAUAUAUGGGAAAAAAUAAAAUGUAACAAUUUUAUAAACUAGUAAACUUAUUAAAUAGAAUACAAAGUGAGAGCAAAUACAAAAUACAUAUAUAUAUUGCCUGAAAGAAGGUAAUUUAAAAAAUGGAAGAGAAGUGCAUGUUAUUUUCUGGAUUUAACUCUUCCUAAUACAGAUUAUCUCAAUCAGAUACUUUUUCUUCCUUCUUUUUUUUUUUAUUUUUGUUUUCUAUGAAGAGCACAGAAAAGACUGAAUGAUUGGGACUGAGAUUUUGAAAGCUGAAUUGCAACUAGAAAAAAUUGGGUUGGUGGCUCUUUUUGUAUCUUUAUAACAUAUGAAACAUGUGAAGAUAGUAUUUUCCAAAAUGUUUUUUCUACAGAAGUGUCAUACAUGAGAAAAAUAGAAGAUUAUCUUAUGAUAAUGGAAAAAAAAUAUGGGAAUUAAUCUAGCUUUGAAUGGAAAGGGGGUCUUAGACUUCGAAAGAACCAUUUGGGGUUGGUUAGUUUGGCUUGGUUGACACAGAAAACAUUAAUAAAGAUCCAGCUCCUCCUGUAACAGUCAGACAGUCAGUCAGUUAUACUCUGAAGUGUCUUGACUGCUCUGAGAAAGCUGGGAAGGCUGGUCUUAACAUUACCGGUGUUUCUAAGGAAAAAAAAAAAAAAAAAAAAAAGGAGUAAAUAAAGCUUUCAGGCAUUCUUUGCAUAAUAAUAAUAAUAAUAAUAACAUAAUAACAAAAAAAGGCUCCAACCCAAGUUUUUGAAUGUCUGUUCCAGGUUGCUUUUCAUGGAUUCUAGACAGUAAUAGAUUUCCCAGAGACAGUUGGUAAUGCUGAAUACUGAUCCUCCUAGAUUAAGAUUGUAUUUUCAUCACCAUAACUACAGAACAACCUUGCAGAAUUCAUUCCUCCAUUUGCUCCAGGUGACUAAUAUUUUAAAUUGGAGAACAUGAUCUCUUUUCUGUUUUGUUGUUAUUUUUUUCUCCUAAUAUCAUCAUCAUGAGAUUUUGUGGCCUAGAUCAUUCUCACAGUUCUUAUUCGUACAUAAAUAUAUAUGUUGAUAUAGAAAAACUAUUUUGUGUAUACAUGUAUCUUAAUAUAAAUUAUAUCAGCAGUGGCCUUUGUGGCCUAGAAAAUACUUUUUGUAAUGUGGUACUGUAACAGUUGACUAAAUAUUCUUUGCACUUUUUUGCACCUAAUAUCCAAAAAGUUAACAAUUUCACAAUCAAAUGUAGCAUAACUGUUCAGCAAUGAGCAACAUCUUUUUAACUUUUUCAUUAUCCUCUAUGAGUACGAUUCAUCAUAAGUAGUAUGAUAUUUCAACAGUCAUUUCCUUAAAUUGUUGUCAGACGCCAAAGGAAUAAUAGCUCACUAUGUGCCCUGUUGCUGAUUCUGUUGUUGUUGUUACGUUAGUUAUGCUCCUGUUUGGGGGGGGGGAGGAGGUUGGUGGUUGUUUUUUCUUUCCUUUUUGUUUGUUUGUUUGUUUGUUUGUUUGUUUUUGGUUUUGUUUUGUAUUGUUAAUAAUAAUAGCAAAUGACUUCUGUGUCUAAACUUGAUUUAUGGGUGCUCUGCGUAUAUGAAAAAUCAGGCUGCAACAUUAUCAGGACAUCUAAUUUCAAAAAUUAUCACCUGGUUAAUUCUUAUUAAUCCCUUUUCAGAGAUUAAUAGAAUUAAUGCAAAAGGUUAUAAUUUUUCAUUUUUGCUUCACUAUCUCAUGAGACAAGGUAUAUAUUUAGUUAACCUGUCCAUUGGUUUUGGAGCCUGGUUCACACAUUACUAUAUGAGUGAACUCACAGAUGUACCUUUAAGUAAAAACUUAGCACAGUUUGUCAAUUAAUAUGUUGCUUUAUGAAUCUCUUUAUUAAGAUAUGUAAAAUGUUUUUAUUUGCAGAAUAGUUGUAAAUUUUCUGCUUCCAUACUGAAUAUUUAUUUGUUGUUUAUCCACAUUUCUGUCAUAUCACAAACAUUAGCCUAAUUUGAGAGAAAUCAGAUCUGGAAAAUGGUGUAAAAUAUAUUGUAGCAAUUUUACAAGAGUUUUAAGAACUCACAUUCCUGAAGCUAACUCACAAGCCUGAGUUAUUUUUAUUGAAAUGUUUUGCUGGAAACAGUAAUUGUACUUAAUAAGAAUUGUAUUUUGCACUGCAGAGCUUUUUUGUACUUUCACAACAGUAAACCACAGAUCUGUACAGAGAAAGUACAUGAUGGAUUAAGUGGUUUCAGGGGAGCUGUUAAAUUUUACAUUUAUUUUCAAUAAUGCACUGUAAAGUGAAAAAAGCCCACAUACAAAUGUAUCUAAUGAGCCAUUCUGGUCUUUUGGGUAAAUAUUGUUUUCAAACAACUGCUUCCCUUUCUCACUUUAAAUAAGUUUUCAGGGACCAUUAGAUUUGCUCUGAGCAACCAUAAAAUUGUUAUUAGGUCUAUGCAAAAUGUUAAGUAGGACCCUAAAACACAGGUAGAUUUAGGAUUCCAGUGAUACUGCAGACAGUAGCAUAGGUUAGCAGAUAUUCAGUAAGGUGUAGGUCAUAUAUUGUACUCUAUGAACUCAACUUUGGAUGGCUUUAUUGUAUCCAUCUGAUGGUAUGGGCCUUCCCCACACUCUCUCAGCAAGUUACUAUCUCUUUUCCCGCCAUCUUUUUUCUAUACUGGGUUUCUGUUCAAGCAGCAGACUUGACCCAUACUUUUGUCUGUGCUGCUAAAAGAUGACUUCUUUCUUAAAAUGCAGUAAUAUGAAACCUGUGAGGUAUAGGAUAGCUAAAUCUCUCAUUUUCAUUCUAUGAAAAACUGUCAGGGAAGUAACUUCCAUGUUCCACAGUCCCUUAUGAUACCCGGAAGUUUAUGGAAUCAAUGAUACUGUAUGGUUUUUGGCUCCCAGAAAGCAAUGAGGGCAAUAUAUGUAUCUCAGGGAUAUAUAUAUUGGCCAAGGACAAAGAAAGUGUCCGGAAUCAAUGAGACAAAAUGAGAGAAUCAGGACAAAAUCUCCCCUGCAACACUUCCUUUUCAAUAUAUGGAAAAAUUUUGACUUAAUAUUUUUACAUAUUUUUUUUAAUGAAUCACAACUUUAUUCAACAUUUUUGAAGAAAAUUUUGAGCAAGCAUGAAAUGUUUUCAUUGUUUUUUGUUUGUUUGUUUUUGCUUUUGUUUUUGUUUAUUUUUUCCAAAGAGAAAAAGCAAUUACUUCCUAUCAUUUUUCUAUCGAUACAUUUUUGGAGCAAUAUUAAGAAAAUUAAGUUUCCAAAAACCACUUAUUCAAUCUAACCAUUUCUCCUAAUUUUCAGGUUUUUUUAUUCACUUCUAUUUAAUCCUUUUGAAAGAUUUUAACACGCACAACACAUGCAUGAUUCUUUGGUUCCCAGAUUAUUUUUGCUACAUUUUUUAAUAAAUUAAGUGAUUAUAUCCAAUAAACUUUUAUAUGUAUUAACUUUUUGUCACAUUAUCAAUUAAUUUGAUUAAUGAUCUUAAAAGCUUUAUACAUCAGUUUCUGAAAUCAUUUGACUAUAUUUUUAAAUGUGUAAAAAUUUUAAAGUAACUAUUUUAGUGAGUAACUAUUUUAGAACUCCGUGAUAGAAUUCUUCUCCUGCUGAAAAUAUUUUUUUCAGAGAUCCAUAAAUGUGCCUGCAAAAUUUGAAAAUGUUUUUUAAUAGAGAAUACAAAAGCUUAGAUUUGCACAUACAAGUAUUUGCACUUGCAAAAUGUAUAUAUAAUCAAUCAUUAUUGUUUAGCACUUCUAUCAAAACAAAACACCCCCACCUUAUCAGAAUAGAUUUCAAUUCAUGAAAAAUACUGGACGAAUCUGUGCUGAGGUUCUUUGAUCUAAAAAGUUCAUAUGACUAUUUCUAGAAAUAUGAAAAAACUGUAGGUGUAAAAUAUGGUCUAAGUGUUAAUUAGACAGUGAGGUAACUUUUAGGCAAAUCUCAUACAAUAUCUGUCAGACCAUCCAAAAUACAGAUAACAUACAGUAUAUAUGACAGGAAUAUUAAUGCAAGUUUUGAUGGAAAAUGUUCUCUCUCAUUCACAGCACUGCUGAGACUCAGUUUAAGCCUUUGCUCAAAAUUCACUUUCACUUGUCUUCUGAGGCUUGUCAGUCUAAACCGAGCUCUCUGGUGUCAGAAAAUAGAUUGUGCCAGAGAGCAGACUGCAGAGCUGAGAAAGACAAAGGAAAAUGUGGCAACAGAUGCACAGCUAGUCAGUUCAGCUGUAAAUGUUCUAAAAUGAAAAGCUUCCCUUCAAAACUGAUGGUCAUCCCAAUAUUUAUAUCACUUAUCUUUUCAUUAUGUACUGUAAAGCAGGAAGAAAGAGGGAGGUACCCGACAAAAAGUUAGCAUUAAGUGUAAGAAUUAAUUGAGGUCCUUAUCAGAGUCAUUUGCUGUAUCCAAGGCAAAUAUUUUAACUUCAAAACUGUCUUUUGUUUACUAACCCAAAUGAAUUAAUGCCUCAUACACAAUUCCCCUUUUCCUUAGUCCUGGUUGGAAAUAAGCAGUUUUGUAACAGCACACAACAAACCAGGAGCUGGAGCCCUAAGAAAAUAUGAAGCUGCAUGUGCGAUUUAAAUAUCACAGGGGAAUCUGGCCAGAAAAUGGAACUAACACCUUCAAUUUUGUGCUAAGUGCUAGGGGAUGCUUGAUGAUAGUAAGUGCUCAGGACUGUGAUUUUAUAUUUUAUCUGAUAGCACCUCUACAGUGUUGCUGUUGCUGGGAAACCUCUUUGAGUCUUUAUUGACUCAAAGAAGAGAAUGCCACUGGUAUUUCUAAGUAAAAUUUUUCCACUCCAUUAUAGACCAUGACUCUUACAUUAUAUGGAACUCAGUCUUCUGAAAGAUCACAAAGCGUGUUAAAUUAGCAAAACAGAAAAAAUCAAUUCAAACUGCACCAUCAUGAGGACUAUUCUCUUCUUUGAUAAUAAGGACAAAAUUUGGUGCCUUAGUAAUCCAAGAGAGCAUGUUCAUGAGUGCUCUAUAGUGAUAAGUUCGUGGUGGUGAACUGUUUUAGCACUGUUGAAGAGCCUCACUAUCAACACUGGAAAAAUAAAAUUAAUGAAUGUAAAUACAGGAUAAAUAGAUUAUCAGAAUGCCAAAGCACUAUCUAGUGGGGAAGACAUAAAGAUUCUCUAAGCACUAUCUAGUGGGGAAGACAGAAAGACUCUCUAAUAUAUAAUUCAUUACCGUGUUCUGAAAGCUGGAUCUGUAGGAAGUCAGAUACCUGUUGUGAUGAAAGUGGAUCUUUGUAAUAAUUUAUGAAUACAAUAUGUUGACUUGUCUAUUGGUCUCAAAUUAGGGGGGAAAAAGAAUAUGGAGAGAAUGCUUGUCAGUGGCAUGCCUCUUAGAAGAACGUGAGAUUUUCAAAAUGUUAAUAUCUGUCCUGGUGGACCAGAAGAUUUGACAGAUGCCCCAGCCAGUCUGAAAAAUGCAUCUCACCUAAAUUGAUCAUAGUCCAAGCAGGCAAAGGAAAAAAAAUAUAUAGAUAGGAAAGAUCAGGAGAUCUGUUUCAGAACAGGCAAGAUUUAUGUCUGAGCAGGCUAAAAUGCAAAGCAUUGCUAAAUUUUACAAAGAAAUCAGGCUGGAUUAAACUCCCAUUAAUGGAUGGAAAAGCUUUAACAGAGUGGAUAUGCACAUAUAGACCAUUAUUUUCAAAUCCAUUUCUUUGAAAUAUUAAAGCUUACAUAUUUAAGCUUAGUUAAAUAACAUUCUAUAUUUAAUUAAGUGGAGUAUUCAGAGCCUUCCUAAAAGAAAAGUUGCAAAUCCAUUCAGACUGUCCAGGUUAGCACAGUUACUAUAGAGACAGUGUCCCAGAGCCCAGAAUAAUUGUGAGAAUUGUGAAAUCCUGACUCUCCCCUGAAGUGGUGAAGUCAGAAUGCCUGACAGGAAAGGAGAUCUGAAAACAGACCAAGUUAAAAAUAGGGGUACAUCUAUUUCAUUACAUCUUCAGAGUUUACAGAGAACUUUCCCACUCAUUUAUUACACAUGGCAUAUCAAUAGAGUGACAUCGACAUGUUUUCAUGACAGCAACAUAGCCUUUAUACAGCAUUUUACCGUCCCUCAAAAUACAAGCACGUUUUGGAGAGAUUACUUUUUAAAAAUAUUUUGGUACUUUUGCAUACAUAAGAAAUUCAAACACUUGAAGUAAAAGAAAUCUGUCCAUGCAUCCAUGUAUAAAAAAAAAAAUAAAUGAUGAUAAUAGUAAAAAAGAUGUAAAAUAAUAGUAUGGAUUUAAGACCAGAUAGUUUGGGACCUCUUAGAGUUAAAAGGAAAGGCUGUGCUUUUCUUUAUUAAACAGUCUUUUUCUGUAGGUGCAGAAUUCCUAUUUGUGUAAUUCCCACAUAAUCCCUGCAUAAUCCCUAAUAUCAGAGAUAUUCCAAAAAAUGCUUGUCAACAUAACAAACAGACGUUUUAGGCAUGACCACCAAAAAGGAACCUGCAUUUUGGGACAGUUUGCAGGUAAAUUUCAGGGAAGGAGAGAUUGUGAGCUAUUAGCAGGUUUUGUGAAGCAGAUAUGCUGAUAUAAAUACUGUCUCCAAGAAAAGAGAGAGAAGGGGUUUUGUUCAAUAUGUUGUGAGUUGAGACUGAUGAUUGCAUUAGAAGUAAAGAGUAAUGAACAAGAAGAUAUUUAAAUCUUGUGUGACAUCUGAGUCAUGAGCAGAAGAGAGGAGAGGAGGGAGAAAAACCUAUUAAGCGUGUAAAGAGCUUUAUAGAAAAAAAUUUAUUUAUUUAUUUAUUUUUAAAGUAGAUAAUACCAAAAGUCUGUGAAUUGAGAGCAUUUUCCAUAGUAAAAAUGUACAUGUAGCACACACUUCCAGAAAAAAAAAAGAAAAAAAAAGAGAGAUUUUUGAUGUAAUUCCCUUACCUUGUGUUUUACAAAGCUGUCUGCAAGUUUACAAUGGGAGCCAUGUUGUAGACUCUGGAUCUAUUCUUAAAAUAAAUAUAGUCCUCCACCCUACAGAUCCUGAUCCCAGAGGAGCUACACUGCAAAGGUUGCUGGUAGUUGCACAAGACACAUUCUCCCCUUCUGGUCCAUCUCUUGCAGCAUAAUUGAGGCUGAAAAAAAAACACCAAGGUGCACUCAGACACAUUCCUUUCUAGGUGCUGCAAUGGCCUCCUUUCUCUUGGCACCUGGAAUAAACUGAAAAGUUUCUGACAGGUGAAAAAAUCAUUUUUAUAUAAUGCCACCUCUUCACAUUUUCAAAGCUUCAGACAAUCAGUAAAUGAAUUAAAAACCAACAGGCAACACCUUUAAAAUGCUGCUGAGGCACAAGGCACUGGUUUUGGUUUUGAGUCAGGGCUAGACUUAUGUCACACAAUGGUAGAAGAGUCACUAGGCUGUUGCAGGUGCUAAUUCCUCAAUGACUCACAAAACUGAAGUCAUAAUUAUGGUGUAUUUCUCAGUUAAUAUCCCAGAGAUCUUUGUGUAUGAAUAGCGUACUCGAACCGAUGUUCCAGACAAAUCCUGUCUCCUCCUGUUUUUCCUACUCAUGCAGGUUCAGCUGAAUAAUGAUUUUUUAUUCCUUUGUCCUAAAUUGUCACACAGUACUGAGUGUACUAGAUUGCUUCACCCUGGGAGUGGCUGCCUCUUACUGAAAAUCAUUGUGAUCAAUACGUGACCAUUACCUCCCUCACCAUGUUUUUCUGAGGCUUAAUUGCAUAAUAACAGUUAUGAGGGAAAGGACUGCAUAGCUGAACAAAGCAUAGAAUUGCCAAUUGUAAUUGUUCUUGGCAAAAGGGUAUGUGUGGAUGGGUGUGUCUUCUUUAUGUGAAUGGAGAUUUGGCUACCCCAGGAAAUGAAAAAAGGAAAUUUGUUAGACUCUCCAAAGGGCACUUUAUACUAUGUUGCAUUUAUUCCUUUCAACUUUCCUUCAGUGUGUUUCAUGAUCUUAAUUGUCCCUGAAGGACAAGAACUUAAUUCGUUUAGUUAAACCUACAACCUUUUCACUUUGCAGUCCACCAAACACCAUUCCUUACCAAUUACCAAGGUAAAUUUGGGCCAGAUAAUCAAAAUCACUGACUACAAAUUGUAGCUUUAUCUUAGCCAGCAACUGAAUCUGCACAGUUAGACCUUUUCUGUAUUAUUCUGAAAGGGAGCCUGGCACUAUUGCACUUUAGCUACUUGCCAGUAGCACACAGAAAAUUGUAGGUCACAGUUAGGUUUCAGAGAAGCUCUGAGGAUUAACCUCUAAAAUCUUGGAUCUGAUUCUGCAUGCCCUCCAGAAACAGGGCAACCCAUGAAAUGAAUGAGCAGUCCUACCUAAAGAGGGCUUGAUAAUGAGAAUGAGAAAUCCAUGCUGAGAAAAGAGAUUUCAUUCAAAUUAAGGAAUUUCAAGGCAUUACAUAUAUGCCUUUUUUUUUUUUUUUUUUUUUUUUUUUUUUUUUUUUUGUACUGUUGUUAAACCUUUUCUUAAAACCAGACUUCACAAUUUAAUCUCUAGCAGGGCAAAAAGUGGUACUUAAGUACCAAUCUACUCAUGCACUGAAAAUAAUAUUGAUGCAAAAAAUAAAAUAAAAUAAAAUAAAACUUAAAGCCUUUUUGCAAAAAAUACUAAUGGCAGUAAAAUAUAAAGAUGCUGAGAAAAAGACAUUUUGCUUAUUUUGAGAUUUUUUCCCCCCUUUUUUAAAAAUAACAUUAGAAUACUUCACCCCUUUUUCAGGUCUUUCUCAAGAAAACCACAAAUUGUUAAAUGUAUCUACUGUAGCUUUAACAUUUAUUGAAAUAACAUAGCACAAGAAGGUGAUUUAUUUCAGCCUCUUAAUGCAUAAUUUCAACAACACACAUUUGUAUAUUUUGUAUUAAUAAAGAAAGCCUACCAAAAUCUAUUAAUUUCCAUUAUAUUUCCAAGGUACAAGUGUACUAUGCUUUCAAACCCAUCUUUCAUUUAGGUCUAUCACUUGCUAUUUUCUAUGGCAAUUGUUUUUGUGUUAAUUAUUUUUAUUUUUUUUUAAUGUUAUGGCAGUAGACCAUUAAAUCAGCCCAGCAAAAUUAUUCUGUAGGUCUUUUAAAUAUGUUAUUUCAUUCUGAAACUCAGCAUUAUGUAAGUGACCAGUCCACUGUUGAAAUUAAGCAGAAACACUGCUAUUGAUUUCAGCUGGCUUUGCAUUAGCUUGUAUGUGAUGUUGUAUGAUAGCAACUUAUGAAGUGAACUGAGUUAGGAGUCUCAAGACAAGUAGAAUGAAUUCUCUUAUAUCCACCAUGGAUAUUUGCAGUUUGCUGACAAUUCAGAUUAUGCUAAAAGUCUUCAGUGUGUCCUUAGGGUAUGAACUACUGUUGCAAAUGCUAAUUUUACUAAUACUGGUAAGAAAUAUGAGCCUCAGCUGCCUGAUUUGGUAGAUAAAAAUGUCUAGUCUCUGUAGUCAGGCAUAGAGGUCAGGUGUAUUUUUACUGGAUUUUUCCUUUUUAAUAGUGGCCUACAGUUUUCCACGUAAUGCCAUCUUGCUAAUGAAGCUCAGAGGGUGUCUGUAUAGGUAAAAAUCUUUAAUAUAUAAUAUUUAGAUAGUCAUGUUGCAGAUAAAGGAAUUCUUUUUAGUCUAUAUUUCUAUGGGAAAAAAUAUUAAACAAAAUUUACUUUUGUUAAAUAAAUAGAAAAUUAUUUCUCAAGAAAAGGAGAAAGUAUAGAUAUAUAUUUCAUGAUGUUUCUUGUUUAAUUUUCUUCCAAGUAUGAGUUUCAUUCCCUAUUCUUCUGUAUUUCCACGAGUAAUCUUAAUAGGAUACAUUCAACUUAAAUAUACGUGUAAGGACAGGAUAUGGCUAGUUCUCUACCCUACAAGCAGCCACUGCUGGCGUACUGAUUUGGUGACACACUUCUGACUUGUGUGCUUUCUCCGCUUUGUGGUAGAGAUCACAAUGAGGGCCUUUGUUCAGCAAACUAUUUGCAAUGUUUUUAAAAUGUGAGCUGCUAGUUGAGUCCCAUUGAAAUCACCAUAGCUUGGGCAUGCACCCUGACCUGAGCAUCUGCCCAGGGGUUUUGCAUUGUCUAGGAAUGGACAAACAUAGGGAGUCAUGGCUAGACUGGAUGCUCAUCUUAGUUUAGACUAAAAGCACAUCUCAACACCCUCCAUGCCAGCAUAGCUAUACUAGCCAGGAUGGGAGAGGGCAAAGUCAAAUUGCAUUUCCUUAUUAUCCUGCUCUGCCCGGUCCUCACCAUCUUAGACAGCAGGCCUGCAGCAAUGGCUCCUCUGCAUGUAAGGAGGAUGCCUUUUGAACCACUGCAAGGGGAGUCCCCAAAAGCCUCUCCUUUCUUCUCAUGAUCUUGUAGUCCACAUUGGAUUUAAACCACUCAUCUUCAGUGGGCUACUUGUGAGAAAUGAAGCAGAGGAAGUAGAAUACAGAAAUUAGCCACAUCUUUCCUUCAGCAGAGAUCAUUAUGUUUUUCUAGUAUAUGCUUAUUUGUGGAAAAGGCAUUCUACAGAAUGUAUGCUUCAAAAGGUAGGAAGUUAAAUUGGAGUUCCUGGCCACAGGAAAUGUUAAAAAAUACUUAAUAUUGAAACAAUAAAUAUUUUGAAAUAUAAAAAGAAAGCACCCAGCACAAUGCCCACCAGAAUAAGUAUCUUUGCUGUAACAAUAUGGGGUUUGGAUUAGGCCCCAUCUGGCCCAAACUCUAACAGAACUCCCUACCUUUAAAAUAAUCUUUUGAUUAGAACAGAACUGUUGCCAAGUCUAUGUAGCUUACAAAGAACUGCAGAGUUCUUCUAAGAUUUUGUCUGUUCUUGCUAUGUGGUGUUGGCUGACCAAGACCUAAUAUUAAAUACCUGACUGUUUUAGUAGUACCCUUUAUUUCGUGUUCAUGACGUGACUUUUUAAAUGAAGUCUGUGAUUUGAUACUUAGCCAUUGUUCAAGUCAAUAUCCUUGGCUUCUGCGUUAUAAAGAAAAAGAAAACUUUGGACUCGUGUAACUGGCUUUUUGUAUGCGCUAAAUGGCCAUUUGUGAAUCUUGAGAGCAUAUAAUUGUACUACUGAUAGUAAAUGUUUUUUUUUGCACUAGCCUUUAAGAGCUGUAAUACAUUUCAGUAUUUUUACAAUGUAUUCUCUAGAAAGUGUGAAUUUAUUUGUCAGUUCUGAAAAAAAAUACGUAACAAUGAAACCUCAAAAGAUGUUAUGAAGUGUACAGUUUGUGAUAAUUUUAUAUUUAAAAAAAUAAAGAAAGAAAAGAAAAAGAACACAAUUGAAAUAAUUUUAUUCUAAUUGUUUCAUAUGUAUUUUGAAAAAGAAAUAAAG